UGCUUCUUCUUCUUCUGCUUUUUCCUUCCCCCUUCCCCUUCACCUCGGUCUCGUCUUCUGUUCCUCUUCGAUGAGCACCUGGCAGCAGCAGCAUCAGCAUCAGCCACCGUCGUCGUCGUCGUCGCCGUACCGCCCUGCUGCCGCCGCUGCCACGGCAUCAUCAUCAUCAUCAUCGUCUGCACUCGCCCCUUCGUUCGCCUCUGCUGUCGCCGCCCCAUCAGGAUCAUCGUCCCUGUCAUCGUCGUCGUCAUCGCCAUCGCCACUGUCAUCGUCGUCGCUCGUCCACACCGACCCCGCCGCGGGCGUCGUGGGCCAGCAGCACCAGCUCCAGUACCAGCAGCACCCGUCGAGCGCCAAGUCAUCCGCGUCGUCGUACUUGCCUGCAUCGCAGCGCAUCCGAGCCGAUCGCUUUGGCAUUGCAUCGCCGGGAUACCAGGCUCAUCAGGGGUCGUACGCGUCCCCAUCGUCGCCAAGCAUCAGCCUCGCGCCAAGCUCGAGCGGCGUUCGCAUCUCGUCCGCCUCCGCAUCCACGGCCGUCAACUUCCACUUUGAUCCCGAAGACGCCUCAGGCAAAGGCAGGCGGCGUGCUGUCGGUUUAUUUCGUUUCUGGAAUCAAAUGACAAGGCUACAACGCUCUCUGAUUCUCGUGCUGAUGCUGACCAGCGUCGUUCUGCUCGCCACGUUCCUGCCAAUCUCGGAGACAGUGGCUGCACAAGAUCCGCUGUUCGUGGACGAAGGACUGGUCGUCAACGUUGGCGGAAAUGGGACGCAUCUGCUCGACCAGGCGCAUCAACGGUUUGCAGUGGGCCAGACGCGCGAGCAGCUCGGGAAACUUCAGCAAGACAUUGCCCGCAGCGAGGAAGAGCGUCGACGGAAUGGAGGAGGUGGUGGUGGUGGUGGUGCUGCGGCAGGGAAUGACCGCGAUCCAGUCCCGGAUGCCGCGGAAUUGCCGGAACGAGCUGGCAAGCUCGCCAAUCAGCUGGAGCAGGCAAACCGUGCACAGCGGCAAAAGCAACUCCGGGAACAGGCCGAGCAGGUGCGACUCCAGAAAUUGCAACAGCCUCCACAACAACGGCCACAGCAACAACCUGCUGCAGAACAGAAGCCAGUAGUCGGUGUUGCCAACCCAGCAUCACCCAACCAAGGUCGCACUACUGAAUUCACCCAACGUCAGCGUGCCGUCAUUGACAUGUUCAAGUGGUCCUGGGCUGGCUACAAAAAGUGCGCCUGGGGCAAAGACGAGCUCUUGCCUCUGAGCUGCUCCUCCCAUACCUGGUUUGAUCUUGGUCUCACCCUGGUGGAUGCCCUCGAUACCAUGUAUUUGAUGAAACUGCAAGACGAGUUCAAGGAAGCCCGUGAUUGGGUUGAAAACCACCUCCGCAUCACCGAAGCCGGUGAUGUCAACCUGUUUGAGACCACGAUUCGCAUUCUCGGCUCAUUGCUGACCACGCAUCACUUUACGCAAGACGACAUGUUCAAACAGAAGGCGAUCGAACUGGGAGACAUCCUGCUCCUCGCAUUCCAGACACCGUCCGGCAUUCCAUACUCGGAUGUCAACUUGAAGCAGCGGCGAGCGCACGGGCCCGUGUGGUCUUCGGACUCGUCGACUGCUGAGGUCACGACCGUCCAGCUCGAGUUUCGGCACCUCACACACAUCACAGGCGACCCCAAGUACGCCGGCGCUGUCGACAACGUCAUGAACGUGAUGGAGCGCAACAUGCGCGAGGAUGGCUUGGUUCCCAUCUACAUUAGUCCCACCUCUGGCACGUUUUCGACCAACCACAUUACGCUGGGCGCGCGAGGUGACUCCUACUACGAGUAUCUGCUCAAGCAGUGGCUCCAGGGUGGCAAGAAGGAGGCUCGGUUGCAUAAAAUGUACACGCGCGCCAUGGACGGCGUCAUGAGCAAGCUCGUUCGCAAGACACCCAACGAGCAGCUGACCUACGUCGGCGAGCUCGACGGCGGAGUCAGCUUCUCGCCAAAGAUGGAUCACCUGGUGUGCUUCUUGCCGGGUGUGCUCGCCUUGGGCCACGUGAAUGGGUUCCCUGCGUCGCACCUCGAGGUCGCCAAGGAGCUCCUGUACACAUGCUGGCAAAUGUACGAAAAGAUGCCGACUGGCCUGGCGCCCGAGAUUGCCUUCUUUGAUGGCGACCAGGCCACCAAGUCCGACAUUCGUGUCAAGGACGGCGACGCACACAAUCUCAUGCGCCCGGAAACGGUCGAGUCACUCUUCAUUCUCUACCGUCUCACCAAGGACGAGCGCUACCGCGAGUGGGGCUGGAAAAUCUUCCAGGCCUUCGAAAAGCACUCGCGCGUGCAGAACGGCUACACGAGCCUCAACAAUGUCAAGGUUGAUCCUCCGCCACGCCGCGACAAGAUGGAGAGCUUCUGGCUGGGCGAAACAAUCAAGUACCUGUUCCUGCUCUUUAGCGACGAUGAUACUCUCAUUCCGCUAGACAAGUAUGUCUUUAACACGGAGGCGCAUCCUCUUCCGAUUUUCUGAAAUUUGUAAUUUCAUUUUAAAAUUUGUGUCAAUUUUCAGUUUGUGAACGAACUAUUCUUGGUUGUGUGUGUGUUUGUGUCUUCGUAGCGGCUGUACAAUGCCAUCAUCGAAUACAACACUUUCUUUGCCA